AUGGACCUCAAGGUGAAGGGAAAAUGCGAUAAUUCUUCCUGCUCGCUGCAGUCCGAAGCACCCACAUAUCCGAAGAUGGACCUCUAUUUACCGGCCGAGCGGCAGGCGCGUCGUGUCUGGCCUAUUCUUCUUCUGAUUUCCUUCCUCGCUACUGUGUUCACAAGUGGAACACCGUUUUCGUGGGCCUCCUUGGACACGGCGAAUCAUCUUUUUGAGAUAGUAUCUCGGUCACCAUCCACGCCUGAUCUCACGGAGCGGGCACUGUCGCAGCAAGUGAGAUUCGACAACUUCAGUUUGUUCGUCGGAGAUCAACGAGUAUUCAUACAUUCGGGAGAGUUUCAUACUUUCCGUUUGCCCGUUCCCAGUUUAUGGCCAGAUAUCCUCCAAAAGGCGAAGGCCGCGGGCCUCAACGCUAUCAGCGUGUACACUCACAUGGGGUUGAUUAAUCCAUCUCGGGGAGUGGUAGACUUUGAUGGUUUCCGUGCUCUGCAACCUUUGUUUGAUGCCGCCAAGGACGCGGGGAUCUUCAUCGUUUUGCGACCAGGCCCUUACAUCAACGCUGAAACGACCGCAGGAGGAAUCGCUCAUUGGGCCACUAGUGAAGUUGCCGGAAAUCUUCGCACUGGCGCUGCAGACUGGAAAGCAGCGUGGCAGGAUUACAUCCAGGGCAUCAUCAAGGUUACUGUGCCUAAUCAAAUCACAGAGGGAGGACCUGUGAUAGAUUUGCCAGACAACGAGUUCCAACAAAACCCUGAGGGGCACGCACAGUACUUUGUCGACCUAGAAGAAGCCUACCGGGCUUCUUCUAUCGUCGUGCCUCUUACAUACAAUGAUCCCGGACAAGGCAGAAACUUCAUCAAUGGCACUGGCGCUGUGGACCUUUACGGGCUAGACUCUUAUCCCCAGGGCUUCGAUUGUUCUAAUCCCACCGUUUGGCAUGGCGUAACGACGAACUAUCAACAGUAUCAUGCUUCUGCAAACCCAUCGCAGCCGUGGUACAUUCCUGAAUUUCAAGGCGGUUCAUUUGACGCUUGGGGACCUACCGCACCCGGCUACGCCCCAUGCCGAACGCUGACUGGCGCAGACUUCCAAUCAGUUUUCAAUUUACAGCUUUGGGCAAGUAAUGCCAAGUUGAUUAACUACUACAUGUUCUACGGAGGCACAUCAUGGGGCGGCAUUGCCUUCCCGGGUGUCUAUACAUCAUACGACUAUGGCGCAUCCCUUGAGGAAUCACGACAAUUGACAUCAAAAUUCGAUGAAUUGAAACGACAGGGACUCUUCCUCCGAAGCUCACCUGAAUUUUACAAGACGGAUUGGAUAGGUGAUACAAGCACCGGAGCCACAUCUGCCACCUCUACAGCAGUAUUUGCCACACUGCUUCGUAACCCGGACACCAAGGCCGGGUUCUAUAUUCUCAGACAAACAGACGCUACAUCAACGGCUGUCACCAAUUUCAAGCUUAACGUGUCGACGUCGGCGGGCAACAUACUGAUACCGAAUGUUGCAUCUGCCAUAACUCUUGGUGGCCGGCAGUCCAAAGUCGUGGUGACUGAUUAUGCGUUUGGGUCAUCACGACUCUUGUAUUCCACCGCUCAGAUCUUCUUCGCGGGCGCCAUCGACGGGCGCGAUGUUUUGUUCUUGUUUGGGGACUCGACUCAGGAACACGAAUUGGUGCUGACGCUGGCCGGUACGCCAAGAGGGCUCAGACCACAAUCCAGCGCCGUUCAUUUUGCCAAUUCAUCAUUAUCAUCAUCAAGGACAACAGUAUCAUUCUUACCUGGCAUCGAAGGGCUCGUCACUGUUUGGGACUCGGAUAAGCAGUUGGUCCUUUUCUCCGACACUGCUACAGCUGCUACCUUUUGGGCCCCUACGAUCGCGGGAAAGGCAUCUGAUCCUCUUAAAAACUUCUGGCAGAUUGGAACCAACACCACCAUACUUGUUGGCGGCCCUCACCUCGUCCGGAGUGCCAGUAUCUCGGGUUCCCAAUUGGAUUUGAAGGGCGACCUCAGCGAGAGCGUCAGACUGAGCGUAAUUGCGCCCAGUAACGUCCGGUCCAUCACGUGGAAUGGCCAACGGGUCGACGCAGACGUCCAGACGUCAUCUCAGCUGACAUUUAGAGGUGGAUUCGUAUCGAGCUUAAAAGCGACUACCACGGGGAUCAAGAUACGCAAGUUGGAGAAAUGGAAGUUUUCUGAUAGCUUGCCAGAGAUUCGAGCCGGAUUUUCUGACCAAAAGUGGGCGGUGGCGAACCACACAUCAACCAACAUUCCUUUCAAGCCGUAUUAUGGGGACGGCCGUAUAUUAUAUGGCUGCGACUAUGGAUUCUGCGAGAAUAUCGUUUUAUGGCGCGGCCACUUCAACGCCACCGGGAGCGAGAAAUCCGUCAACUUAUCUAUCAAUGGCGGAGAAGCGUUUGCGGCCAGCGUUUGGCUUAACAAUGUGUUCCUCAAAACAUCCUUUGGAAAUUCCACUAACAACCGGAAUACCUUGGAAGAAACAGAUGAUAAAUUCACAUUUCCUCCGGGCGCGCUUCUCAAGGGUGAUAAUGUGCUCACUAUUGUUCAGGAUAACAUGGGAUUGAACGAAACCAGAGGCCUGGACACAAAUUCCUCAAAAGGUCCCCGCGGCGUGCGAGGGUUUCAACUGGAUACAGGCAACUUCACCGAGUGGCGUGUCCAAGGGAAAGUCGGCGGGUAUACGAAUUUCCCAGAUAAGGUCAGAGGUAUUAUGAAUGAAGGAGGGCUUUUCAGUGAGAGACAAGGCUGGCACCUUCCCGGUUUCGAUACAUCCGCAUGGAAAGAACGCGAUCUCGCUUCUGGUCUUCCCGGCUCUGCCGCUGGUGUUGGAUUCUUCGUAACCAAGUUCGAUCUGAACAUCCCGCGAGGCUUUGAUGCAUUUUUAUCGUUCACAUUCAACGAGCCGCUCGGACAACCGUAUAGGGCCCUCUUGUUUGUGAACGGUUGGCAGAUGGGGAAGAGAGUGGGGAAUCUUGGCCCUCAGGCUAAGUUCCCAGUACACGAGGGCAUUCUGAAUUACAGGGGACGAAACACGAUCGCGGUUGCUUUGUGGGCAAUGGAGUCCAAUGUACCGAUCACUCCUGAUUUGCAGCUCACGUUUGAUGGUGUCGUUGAAGGCGGCGUGGGGAAUGUAAAGGUCAAUAACCCGGCAUGGUCUUCAGUAGGUAGGGUGUAG